AUGUGGAGAGAAGGUCCCAAGGAGAUUGAGGAGGCUUUUCUCAAGUACUAUGAAGGGCUGUUGGGGACUGAAAGUGACGCUGAAGCUUAUGUUUGGUGUCAAGAGCUCGGGAAUGGAAGUGGAGCAAGAAUAGGAUUACGUUUUCUCGGGAAAACGGGCUGUUCCAUUGCACUAUGUGCUCCUUUCACUGCAGCUGAUGUGAAGGCUGCUCUUUUUGACAUUGACCAUAACAAAUCAGCUGGGCCAGAUGGAUAUUCUAGUGGUUUCUUUAAGGAAGCCUGGGGAGUUGUGGGGAAUGAUAUUAUAGAUGCAGUUCUGGACUUCUUUGGAACUGGAAAACUUCUCAAGCAGAUUAAUGCUACAAAUUUGUGUCUGAUCCCAAAGGUGGAGCAACCUGAGGAUGUCACUCAAUUCAGACCUAUAGCCUGCUGCAAUGUCCUGUACAAGGAUAUAUUGAAUCAAUAUAAAAGGAAGAGUCAACCUGCUAGGUGUACCUUAAAAGUAGAUCUAAGGAAAGCAUAUGACUCAGUAAGUUGGAAGUUUUUAAAAUCCCUACUCAAGAAGCUUAAAUUUCCAAUUCAGUUAUGUGAGUGGAUUAUGACUUGUGUGUCUUCUCCUUCAUUCUCUAUUAGCCUGAAUGGUGGGAUGUUUGGUUUCUUUAAAGGAAACAAAGGGUUAAGACAAGGUGAUCAUGUCUCUCUUUUGUUAUUUGUAUUGGUGAUGGAGUAUUUUACAAGGAUCCUGAUAAAAAUGAGUAGAAGGGAGGACAUUGGAUUUCAUUAUAGAUGUUCUGGCCUUAAGAUCACUCAUCUUGUAUUUGCUGAUGAUCUCAUGAUGUUUUGCAAGGGUGAAGUCAGAUCUCUGAUGUUGUUAAUUAGAGUUGUGAAAACAUUCUACAAAGCUUCAGGGUUACAGGCAAAUAAGGAUAAAAGUGCAAUUUAUUUUGGGAAUGUGACUGAGGAGAUUCAGCAAAGGAUAAUUAAGGUCUCUGGGUUUACAAAAGGUCAGUUUCCUUUUAGAUAUUUAGGGGUGCCUAUUACCUCAAAGAGACUCACAAUAGCAGAUUGUGAUUUUCUAGUUGAUAGAAUUAUGAGAAGAAUUUUGUGUUGGGCUGCUCAAAAUCUUUCUUAUGCUGCCAGAAAUGUUCUUAUCAACUCUUUAUUGUUGAGUAUUCAUACAUAUUGGUCACAGAUCUUUAUGUUGCCUAAAGGUGUGCUGUUGAAGAUUAUACAAAUUGCAAGAGCUUUUCUAUGGGAGGUGUUAUGCCCAGGAGGAGAGGCUGUUGAGCCGCUCAAGGGAAAGUCUCAAAAAGGUCGUUCAGGAACCAGCCGGCCACCUCGGCCAGAGCUUUCCAGGCCACCUUCUAAGGGAAAGCAGCCAGCUGUUAGUGAGCCAAGGAGGAAGAUGAACUGGAAGCUGGUAGUCCGUCCAUGA